GGAAUCAUGACGUCCGAGGAAGUGAAGCCUCGCAAGUCCAAACGAAAGGCUGCCACAUGCGAAGCUGAGGAUGGCGCUGACACAGAAAAGAAGGAGAAGCGAACCAAAAGGGAUAAAUCCGGGAAUGGCGAUAAAGUAAAGAAAAGUAAAAAGAAGAGCAAGGACGGAGCUGCCGAUGAGGAUACCACAACCAUUGAGCAGGCUGACAAGCCUAAAAAGGAAAUGACCAAAAAGAAAAAGAGCGUCGAGGAACAAGCAGAGACUGAGACGGAAGUUGACUCAAGCAAGGAGAAACGAAAGUCCAAACGAAAGGCGGCAGAUAAUGCCAAUGUAAAAAAAGAAGAGAGCACCGGUACGGAUGCACAGGACGCGAAUGAGUCAAUAAAGAAAAAGCGAAAGAAGGAGGACAAGAAGGACACAGAUGAAAACAAGGUGAUAUCCAACAAAGACGAGACCGGAGCGCAAGGUGAAGAUAAGAAAGUAACGGACAAGAAGCGAAAACGUUCUGGAGAAGACGAAGAUGAUAUACCUGCUGACGCUUCCGACCAAAAAGUGACAACGACUCCCGACAACGAGUCGACGGGUGCUCCUGAAAAGAAAAAGAAGCGAAGAAAAAAGCGAACACCAAGACCAAAAACCAAACCAACCGCCGUCCAAAAACUCAAACAGCGCCAAUCAAUGCGAGAAAAGCUACUUGCAAAAGAAGGUGCACUAGAGUCUAACACUGAGAAGCCUGGGGCGGCGGAAGAGACAAAUGUCUCAGAACCCGCUACGGUCAAAGCCAAAUCCCUGCUUGUGGCUCCACCGUCUGCACCAGGUGAGAGUAAACGACGGCAGGCGGCAGUAGAAUACUUGCAACAAUACGUUACCGACCGUGAAAACUGGAAAUUUCAAAAAGUCCGACAAGUUUGGAUCUUGAGGAAUUUGUGGUACACACACCAAUUGAAUGACGAAGCAUUCGCUCUGGCUCUCCAAUAUAUCAAAGAUCUCAGCCACAAAGCCCGCGAAGAAACGAGCGAUGAAGCCAAAGAGAUUAUCCGUCUAACAGAUCCAAAAGCCGCUAUCCCAAAAAAGGGAGAGCAGAUUGGCAACAAGAUCAAAUUUAUUGAAUCAGAUGGGGAAAGUGAUGAAGAGAGCGACAGCAGUUCGAGUUCUGAUGAUGAAGGGGCAAAAGAGGCUGAACCCCAAAAGAUUAUUGUAAAUAGAGCAAAGCGAGUUUUGGCUAUUUUGAAACCUUUCUUGUAGAUAUAGAUGCAUUUAUACACGUAAUUGAACAAUAACGCUUUUUGAUUUCGAUCUUGGUGUGCAUAGAUGUCCAUUGACACCACCACCACCACAAAGCACACUGGAUUCAACAACUUUAUUUACAAGACUUUUAUCAACCUAGUACAUCCCACAACCUCACAAAGCAUCAACAACACUCUCUUCUUCAACCUCUUGCGAAACAGGAUGCUCCUGACGCACCGCUCCCGUCAUGGUCGGCACACCAAUACGACUCUGCAAAUGCGGCGGAUAAUGUGUAUGCUUCACAUUAUGCGACGCCAUUCCACCCAGUUCAUCAAUCGUUCCCGCGUGUUGCGGGGGAAGGGCUUGUUCAAGGGGUUUAGAUGCGAAGGCCGUGUUCACUUCUUCGGGGUUGCUAGUAGCCUUGGGCUUUGAGGACGGAUCCUCGUUGCCAAUCAUGACACCCCGUUCGUCGGUAGUGAGAU